AAGUGCUGUCACAACCAAACAGUGAACAAAUAAACCCAAAUUUGUAGACUUUAAUAACAUAAGUUCUUACUUAACUUUAAUUCGUUUUAAUUAUGGAAAAUUUAAUUUAAAAAUUUACUAAUCGAAUUGCUAUUCGUUCGAAGGUGAAGGACAAUCUAAUAAAUUUGCAUUUAUCUGCUGUAAACCAGAUAAUUAAUAUUUUUAUUACUUCUUAAAUAUGCGUAUUAAUUGAUAACAUAAUACAGUUUACAUAUAUUGAUUUUCUGUUCAUUUUAUUCUUAAACGUGUUUUCAAGCAGAAUAAACAGACUUCAAAGCGUGGUUUCCUAGUACUUUAUACAAGACUUGUUUAUAUUUGGAAGAAAAUACUAAGUGACCCACAGCUUCAGCAUUUCAUUCAAUUGACAAAAAAGAAAAUGGUAUGAAAAGUGAGGUCCAUAUAAACAAUGUAGCAAAAGAAGCAGAAAAAAAGCUAGAGGUCAUUCAAACAUAACUUUUAGAAAGUUACUCAACUUGAAUUUGCGAUAUUGUUCUUUUUAAGACGUCGGAUUUUUUUACUCAUUUACAGAAACAUUAACAAUUGGACUGGAAUAUUAAAUAAACAUUACUUGCUACAAUGAAUAUAAGUAUAACCAUUGCUGCUUUCAUCUGCAUCAUUUUGUUGUGGAUAAGAUGGAGAAAACAAAAGAUGACUUUGUUUCAACGUUACCGAAUUCCAGGUCCAAAGCCAAACUUUAUCUUUGGAAAUUUAAUUGAAUUCAAUAAAGGGAGAGACAGAUGCAUAGAGAAAUGGCUACAACAAUAUGGAAAACUAUUCGGUUUUUAUCUAGGAGCAAAACCUUUUUUAGUAUGUAGUGAUGUCGAAUUACUGAAACUCCUUCAAAUAAAGGACACUUACAAUUUUUACAAUAGAGAUUUAGUAUUGCCAGCUGCUGGACUUCCUCAUGUUGAGUCUAAAAACAUGCUUAUAGCGUUAACCGAUCAGAAAUGGAAAAAUCUAAGAAGUAUUCUCAGUUCUUGUUUCACUACAGGAAAGAUUAAAAUGAUGAGUGCUCUAAUGUCUUCACAGAUUAAAUUCUUUCUAAAAAAUGUCGAGAAGCAGGGAGAUCAACCGUUUGAUAUAUUAAAAUUGUGUAAAAAAUUGGCUUUUGAUAUAAUCUGUACAUCAGCUUUUGGCGUAUCAACAAAUGUUCAAAAUAAUGAAACUAAUAAAUUCGUUGAAUCGGCUCACGCUGCAUUUUCAGCUGAUUCUGCUGAUAUUUUAGCUGUAAUAACAAUUAGUUUCCCGGAAAUAGAGCCAAUAUGUACGUUUCUUCGAUAUAAAAUAGAUACGUUAAAGUACAUGCUGAAUCUACCAUCUUUGUCCUUGAUUUAUGAAACCUGUCAAAAAGUUGUAACCUUCAGGAAGAAAUUAGAUUCUCCUCCACAAGAUCUUCUGCAGACAAUCAUAGAUGCGGAAGAUGAGACUAUUGUAGAAAUGAAAAAACUUCCGGAUAAUUUUGUGAUUGUAAAUGCAGUGAUGUUUAUGGCAACAGGAUUUGAAACCACAAGUGCCAUAAUAGGAUGGUGUAUUAAAUAUCUUGCUGGUAAUCCUAAAAUUCAACAGAACGUCCGUGAGGAAAUUACCAACAAUGUUUCUGAAGAUGUUGAUAUCCAGUAUUCUGACUUGAUUAAUUUUAAGUUGCUGGAUCAAGUUAUUUCAGAAACUCUUCGCUUCUGGCCACUCUCUCUACUGCCAGUGAACAGAAUAUGUUCAGAGGAUUAUCGUUAUAAAGAUAUGACCAUUCCUAAAGGUAGUAUCAUAGCAAUUCCAGUAAAAGUUUUGCAAAGCGAUCCAGCUCAUUGGAGUGAACCUGAUAAGUUUAACCCCUACAGAUUUUCUUCUAAGGAACGGAAAAAAGUUGAUUCACUUAUUUACCAACCAUUCGGAGCAGGUCACAGAAUGUGUAUAGGACAGAGGUUAGCAAAAACUAUAAUAAAAUUAGUACUGGCAAAUCUCAUACGAUCAUUUAAAUUAGAAGAAUAUGGAGAUGAUGAAGAUGAAAGAGUGUACGCUAUGUUCUUCAAUUAUCCUAAAAAUGGAGUAAUGGUCAAAGCAACUCCAUCAGAUUCAUGAAUAGUAAUAAUGAUUCAUGUCUUCAAUGCUAUACAAAUACAUUAACACAUCUAUUGAAUAUAAGUGUAUUUGUUAUAAUACAUACCUUGUAAAGACAUUUGUAUUGAAUAAUGAUUAAAUUUAGUAAUAAAGACAAAUGUUAAGAAUAAUUAAAUAAUUCGUUAAA